CGCGACAUCGCCAGAGAAAGCCAGCAUCGCUCCCAAUUUCUCCACCGCAAAAAUACACCUACCUUUCAUCACCUUCGCACUUCAUCUUCCCUCUACUCUUUCUGGUGACUUCUACAACGUUUCCAUAUUUCGGUGGACUUGUGAACUUUUCUCCUACCGGUUAUGGCUACUGCGCACGAGCAGUCAAUGAACGCCUCCAGUGCCAUUCCUCUCCCGGAAAUUCCUGUAAAACUGCGAUGUACCAUCUGUAGCGAGCUCGCAAGAGGCGCAUCUCGUCUACCUUGUUGCGAACAAUCGAUAUGUGAAAGCUGUCGAUCAAAACUACCGGAUGUCUGUCCGGUCUGUGACCACUCUCCGCUCGGUGCCAGCGAUUGCAAACCGAAUGGAGCCUUGAGGACCACGGUGGCGGUGUUUUUGCGAACCGCGGAGAAAAAGCAUAACUUGUCGAUGCAAAAGUUACAGAAGGAACAGGCAAAGCCUGUUGAGCCUCAGUCAGAGGCGAAAGUCUUGGAGCCAAAACCAGAAAAGCCUCAACCGACUCACGCUUCUCCUGUCGUUAAUCCAUUAACUCCUCCUCAAGAGGCCUCAGAAGUUGCUCGAAGUGAGGGGCCACUAGUUCCUCCACCUACUGUUAGGGAAAGCACUGAACAGCCUGGAGAGAAGUCGCCCGGAGAGAAGGAGGCGACCCCUGUGUCUGACCAACAAGCCAAUGGCUUCGUUGGCGAUCAGAAUGCGUGGUUUGGGCAGAGUACCGCACCGAUGGGCGGUAUACCGAACAUGUUUUCUGCGCAUGGUGUCGCUGGUACUCCUUGGGGAGAUUACAGCAUGAUGCAGAAUAUGCAGGGCGGAUGGGCAAACGGAUACGGAGGCAUGAUGGGAUACACCAUGGGUAUGAAUCCGAUGGCAAUGGCUCAAGGAGGAGGGUUCGAUGGAGGAAGUUAUGGAGGUAUGGGGAUGAGCAGAAUUGGUUUUAAUAACGGUCAGGGUGGAGGAUCUAUGGGAUGGAAUAAUGGAUGGAAUGGACAGAAUAAUGUGGGAUUCAAUCCUGGAAUUGAUGGUACACGUAAUGGUGGAUUUUAUUCUGCUGCAUCUGCUGGUGGAUAUAAUCACCAAUCUCACGGACAUCAUCAGAUGCCCCAACAGUAUCAUAAUCCUCAUUUCCAGCGGCAGCAGCCUUACCAGCGAGGCGGCCGUGGUGGUGGUUUUGCCGGUGCUGGGCAGCGCCAAGUUUCUCUUGAACACCUGCAGCAGAAUUUUCAGGAUGCACAAUUUCAACAACAAAUACAAGGAAUUGAUGAAGCUGUUGCUGCCGUCACCACCAGUGGCGAAAAGAAAGGAGAAAAAAUCCAGUCUGUUGUGUCUGAGGACCUUGAUAAUAUAGCUGAUGCAAUCGAUGUACCUACUGAUUCUGCCUCUACCGUUGUGGUCGGAGGAGCAAUUGGUACUACUGAGGAUCUCGCAGAAUCAUACAAUUCGAUAACUCCCGUGAAUCCUGACAUGGCUGCUCAGUAUUUUCCCACUGAUGAUUUUAGAUCGCAGGGCUUUCAACAACAGCAAGUUUACCCCAUGCAGUUUAAUAAUGGCUUUAGAGGGAGCCUUAGACGCGGUGGCUUCCGUGGAGAUUUUAUGGGAGGCCCUAGAGGAGGCGGACAUGUCGGGCCCAUCCCAGCUGCACCCGGAUCCAUGGAUGGCGAUAGAAGACCCAUUGAAGGAAUAGGACUAGGCGUUGAAGGAGCCCCUACAGGACCUAAAGCAUUGAGAGAGAGAGGAUUAAGCCGUAGUGGACCACCCAUUAGAGCAGGUUAUAUUGGACGCAGAGGAGGGGGGUAUCCGGUAUCGUCAUGGACUAGAAGUAUCUCGCCCGACCACGCCUUUUCCAGAUCCAGGUCACAGGAUAGCCGGCGCCGUUCCAGAUCGCCAGAUCGAGGGCGCAGCCAGGAGAGAGACAGAAGUAGGGACCGAAGCCGCGAUCGUCGUAGAAGUAUAAGAAGCCGAAGCCGUCACCGGAAGCACCGUUCCCCAUCCGUUGAAGUAAACGGUGAGCGCCCCAGGGGAAGAUCCCUAGAUCGUGAUGCUGCGGACCCGCCCUCCGCCACCGCGAACCCCCCUGAGACUGCAAACGAUGAUGGUGGGGAAGGGGGGAGAAGAAUCACGUAUUAUCACUCACUAGAUUUUUUCCUUUUUCGUGUAUAA